AUGAAGAGGCAGCCUCGUAUUGACGGGCGUGGGUGCAAUGUGGCACUGUGGGGAUUUGUGUUAGAUGAGGAGCAUCCCGAACAAAGCUGGGAAGAUGGUGGGACUGGCUCUCCUCCAGGGAACAUGUCAGACAGUAAGUCAGCAAUAAUGGGAGAUGAUGAGACAAUGCAAACCUUUUAUCUAUAGAUUAAAACAUAUAUUAACUAAUAUACUGUGUUACCAAGUACCCUGUAUCCCGAUGGGACAACUAAGGGAGUGGGCCUUGAAAGAAUCAGGAGGUUGGCAUAGCAACCAGUUUAAAUUAGGUGACAGUUGGUGAGUGGGGGCGGGGUUUUAUCAGGAGUAUAAAUAGCGGCCAUUUUAUGAAGUGGCCAUUUUAACUAAACCUAAACUUACCUGUUAGUUGUCCCUCCCAUUUGUUGAUAGUUGGGUGUUUUUCCUGGGGGAUGGCCAGGUUAAAUCGGGGGGGUAGAUGGAGGAGGAAGUGGGCAUCCUGAGGUUUAGUGUGGAUUAGGCAGUGUUACACUUUGUUUGUAGGUUCGAGCUCGUUGGUGGCUCCGAACCUUGCUACAACCCUACAAUUUAAUCCGGCCAGGUUAUGUGUUAUCUGUUAGAUAUAUUGUUAUUUAUUGUUCUUAUUGUGGGGUCAUUGCCAGGGUUAUAGUGUUCCUUUUAGUGAGAAAUACUUAGAAGUCAAACUUUUCAAUUUUGACCUAAACAUUAAAAUUCCAAUUUAAUUCAUACUUUAGUGAAUAAACCUGGGAAUCAUGAUUUAAAUCUUUUUUUUUCAUUAUAGUAUCUUUUAUUAGAGUUUUAGGGGUUAGAAUUAAGGUUUGAAGUUUAUUCACAAAGGUUUGCAAUUACUUUUUGACAUUCAAGAUAUCGUGGACUAUAUUUUCACUCAGUCAUGCUUAGAAUGUAUAGGAGUUCUCAUCAUUCAGAAUUCACGGGGAUUAGGGUGUAUAUGACUGUGCCCCCCACUCUUUAUCGGUGUGAACGGUGCUAAGAUGGUGUUAAAAAGUAGCUGUUCUCUAAUGAAUGCAAAGCCAUUUGAAAGUCACCAUUACAAUCGUGCUUUAAUAAUGCGCAACUUGCAUCAUUACAGUCGAUAAUUCAAUAGCGAAUUCAAUAGUAAAUGAAAAGAACCUCUCUGAAAGUGGCAGGGGUCCGGAGAUGGGUCACACAAUAAAUAAAAGAAGAAGGAUGAAUAAACGAAAUGGGCGCAAAAUAAUACAAUCUUUGUAUUGAAAUUCAAGGUUAUUUUUUUAAAUUUUUUUCUAUCUCACUGACUUCACAGAUGGCUUAAGGUAAUUAUUUGCAAUUAUAUAAAAGUUAUGAGUCAUUUUUUUCCCUUUAAUCUACAAGGUAUUUCUUGUGGUGUAAUUCAUCUCAGGGUUCGAAUCCCCCUAUCAGAAUUGUGCGUGGCUACAGAUAAUAGAAAUUGAACACAAGCUGUUACAGCCUCUCCUUUGCGUUUCUUGCUGCUUUUAACUUGAUUUUAUGAAAGAAUGGUGCCACAUUCUUUCAAUAGCCGGGCUUUCAGUCUCAGAUUGUCAGGGUUUUUUUUGUACUUUACAGGAAAGCACUUUUUCUAUGUUGGAACUCCCAAAAGAAUCCAGCAGAUUACAGAGGAAGAACGCUUCCUACGGAAAGAUGAAAUUCAGGUUACAAGCAAGUUACAAGGUAAGAAAAAAAUUUCAAGACUGGUGCUGAUGUGCAUAUAGAUUACGGUAUUAUUCAUAAUGCUUAGUAAUAAUUCUAUAAAUCUUUGUGUGCCACAUAGGUGAGUAAGAAAUGUAUAAUGCCUAUGGCUUUCAUCUGUCCGUCCACGUCCCCUGAACUGUUGGAUGGGGCUAAAUCACUAAAGUAGGUGCUUAUUGUUCAAUACCCAACUCCAUCACUCAGGAAAGGUAAUAUACAUUAGCAAGUUUCUGUUAGACCUCCUAUAUGCUAGGCUGGACUGGCCUGCUUACAAUACCCAUCUUGCCCCCCUAAAUAUAGUAAAAUCUUACCUUUAUUCCAGUCUGCCGGUGCUGGCUCUGCCCCUUAUCUGCCUACUUGGCAGACAUCAGUAGUGAUGAUCUCAAGCAAUGACAAUGCUUUCCAAUAGGAAAGCAUGGAUUGGCUUCGAUUGUCAAUUCUGAUGGUCUUAGCAAGGAGGAGGGCUGGGGGCGGAGCCAAACAACGCCCUAGUCCAGGGGUAGGCAACCUUUUAGCAGCACUGUGCCGAUAUAGGAUUGUGAUGUCCCGUAGCAUGCAGAUCCUAUUCUUUUAAAUUGAGGCGUGUAUGCUGCCAUAUUCUGCUUGUGUUAUUUUUACUGUAAUUGCUUUGUAUCGUUGUAUUUGUGCGUAUAUGAGCUAUUAUAUUGUAUAUGUUCAUUAGUAGUUUAUGGUAUCGUGUAUGAUACAUAUGAAUGUGGGCUGUGUAUGAGGGCUGCUUGUGGAAUUGUGUGGAAUUGUGUGUGGAUGGAUGUCACAUUGUGUGCUUGGUAGUGUGUGGGGGCUAUAUGGGGUAUUGCAUGUGAGAGGCUGCAUGUGGGGUUGUAUGCAUGUAUGUACAUUGUUAGUGGUGUUGCGUUUGUGGGGAUUGUGUGGUGUGUGUGUGUUUGUGGGCUGUUCAUAUUAUUUGGAUGAGGGGAGGGUUAUUCUACAUUUCUGUGUAUAUCUAGCAGCGUCGGUGGGUUCCCUGGGUUCCAGUGGGGACCAGGCUGGCCAGAUACAGGUCAAGGACAGGAGCUGCGAAAGCUGCUCUACUACAGUGUGGAUUCCCAUUCACAAGUGCUGGGAGAUGUGCUGAGAUCACUUCCUCUAUGUGCUGCAAUGCAUAAAUUGAGGAUUGUCCUUUACCACCUCUUCGUAUUAGCAGAUAUCUGAAGUUUUACUGAGUGCGUUUGGCUCUAGCAGCCUUGAGUGCCAUGCAAAGACACCUCGAGUGCCGUGCAUGGCACUAGUGCCGUGGGUUGCCUACCCCUGCCCUAGUCAUUCAUAAUUUCCUCAUAGAGAUGCAUUGAAUCUUGCAGUGUUUCCAUGCAAAGGUUCGAGACACUGAAUGUCAGUGUGCAGCACUGAUCCAGGAAGCACCUUCAGUGGCCAUCCCUAGGCUUGAAUGUAAACACAGCCUUUUCUCUGAAAAAAAACAAAGUUUACAGCAGGGACUGACUAUACUCACCAGAACAACUACAUUAAGCUGUAGUUGUUUUGGUGACUAUAGUGUUAGUUUAAAUUGCCUAAAUCCAGCAUAGUCAGUCUGCCAGUUUGUAUAUGGAAACAAAGUGCGAGAGACAACAUAUGAUAUGAGUAUAAUUAAUAUUAUAUUUAUUUUUAUUAUUAUUAAUAAUUAAUGUUAAUUAGAUCACAAUAUUCUAGUUGUAAGUGUUCAAGAUCAAUUACUUCUUGGCUGUACCAAUAACAAGUAACUAAAAUACUGUGGGACCUUGGUUUACGAAUUUAAUUUGUUCUCCGAAACGCGGUUUCCCGUAGGAAUGCAUUGCAACCAAUUAAUCCGUUCUGGAGGUCAGAAAAAAGUCAAAAUGAGCUGGCAUGGAAACUAACCCACAAUGCAGAACACACAAUAAAAGGCAUGCAAACGACGAAGCUCAGCUUCUACCUUUCCACAGCUUCAAAAAUGCACCAGAAAGUCCCAAAACAACUGCAAACAUUUUCUAGAAUGGCUCCAAAACUAGAUGCAAAAGCCGCUCCAACACCUCCACACUCGACGCCACGUGCUACCCACAGGCUCCAGCAUGCAGGGGGCCGUGCUAUAAAUGAAUCAAUGCAUCUCAAUUGGUAGCAUUUAGCACCUUUAUGCAGAGCAUGGAGACGCUGAACGCCAGUGCUGCACACUGUGAAGGACUGACACAGGAAGCAUUUCUAGUGGCUGACUUAGUGACUGCCACUAGAGGUGUUACUAGUCACUAAUUAAAAAGCCUGCAAGGUCAGGCUAUAGACACCAGAACAAUUACAUUUUGCUGCAGUUGUUCUGUAGUCCCUUUAACAAAUUCCUUGCUUGCAUAGUAAUACUGUGAAGACAUAAAACAGAAAAGCCGAGAGCGUUUGUUCAAUAACUUGAAGUUUCAGUAUCGGUAACACGUGCCUCAUUGGCUGCUGUAUAGAUUUGUCUAUACCCACGCCGGGUUGGAAACGUUCGAUAGACUUAGCAAUAAAUCCUACAACCAACAGUUUUGCAGUCAGAAGGGUUCAUUAAAAACUCCCCUGUGUACGAUACUUUGUUUAAUUUAUUCAUUGCUAGCAACAGUUUUCUCCACGCAUAAAAUGCACAAAGCACACACCACGUACGUGAUCAGAGUGAAGACUUCAAGCAAUGUAGCAAUAUUGUAGCAAAAUGCUCCAUCUGGAGAGGCAGACGUGCAGCUAUAGUAUAAUCACUGACUGCUAUGUCAUAAAUAUCAAUUUAUAUGGCAUCAUUAAUGAUAUGGCCUUGACAUUGCCUUCCAUUAUUAAAUCAAAAAGCCAUCUUAAACUCACCCCUUCCGAAUUAGACGGGGCUCCAGAGCAAUGAUUUACAAUGAAGAGGAGAAAAGCUCUCUCGAGUGGAAAACAAUGAUUUACCUGUUGAUUCAUGUCAUGAGCUGUCAUGGUUUUGUAUCAUUUGUGAUUGUAGAGGAAGAAGCUCAGUAACAAUAAGGAGAAAUUCUAAUUCUAGAACACAGCUAGCUAAAUGGUUUUUGGAGAGGUCCAAUGGGCAUAGCCCAAAUAUAAAGAUAACAUAUAAAGAUAAUCAAAAUAUAAAGAUAAUCAAAAAAGAAAAGUUUAAAACAUUUUAAAAAUUUCAAUACUAUACACAAAAAAGUACCAACGCAAAACUAAAACCCACAUACCCAGAAAAAAAAUUAAAUAUAUAUAUACACAAUACACAAGAUUCAGCGCACUCACCUAUCCACUAAACAGCAACUUCAAUGUUGAAAGAUUUUAUUAGUUUUUUUAAAAACACCUAAUCUGGGCAAAAAUAAUGGGGGUUUAGUUACAUUAUAUGAUCAUACAUUGCAUAAGCCUGCCACAACAUCAAUGUACCCCAUCUUUGGCAGGUCCUACACUAACAGCCUAAUGUCUGCUCUUAUGAGAUUAACCACUUACUUGAGGAAAAAAAUUCCAUCUGGGGCUCUCUGCAGUACAAGGCUAAAUAGGGCCCUGGGAUGAUCAGUAAUUAUAUCACAGGCAGAGGGGAGGAUUUUGUGUGUAAUUGCUGGGAGUGUCUGAGUGUAUUGUACGUAUUGAUUGGUUGUUCUGCAAAACCCUGUGGGCAGUACUAUGUGUGUAAAAUGUGCAUAAAAGCAGAGUGUUGGAUUAAAGCUUCAGUUCUACUUCACCCUCAAUUUGGAGUGCCGUCUCUUAUUGGGGGAAUUUGCUACAAGGGAUUGCUAUGCUAGUCGUACUCUCUUGCUAUAUCACUACUAAGCUCUUGUAAGAGCUUGUUCCUGUCUUGCUCUCUGAAGGAGUCUACGGUGGUUAUGGUGUCGGCUGGAGUGCUUGGAGCCAUCAGGAAGCGCUAGGAGCAUCCUUCAACGGAGGUACCCAGUCAGGGUGCCAGGUGAUUCGUUUCAUUGGUGGCAGUGGUGGGAUAACGUCCUAGUGCGAGGAAAAGCAGCUCGGAGACACUGUUUGUGAAUCUACAAGUUGAGGGCAACGCUUGUCCCCGUACAGCGCCCCUGACUACAGCAAGCAUGACGUACACUAUGGAAGAGUUUGACGCUAUGAUGAAAUUGCGGCUGAAGUACUUCGGACCCAAUCCAGCUGAGAAAUACGUGCAGUUCGUGAGGAACCUAGUGUUCGAGAACCUGCAAUACUGGGCAGAGAGAGAAGGCCGGCUGGAAUGUUGUGAGGAACUCCAGUGGCAGAUACAGUUACAGGAAGAGGAGAGCAUCGGUCUCUCUCCCCAGCGGCAGCCAGCAUCCCAGGGAGAAGAGAUUGUUGGUCCCUCGUCCCUGCAGCAACCAUCAUCACUGGGAGUCGAGACAGUCGGUCUGACUCCCCAGCGGCAGUGUGUUGUCAAGGGAGAAGAGACAACCGGUCUCUCUCCCCAGUGGCAGCCAGCAUCUCAGGGAGAGGAGAUUGUCGGUCCCUCGUCCCUGCAGCAACCAUCAUUACUGGGAGUCGAGACAGUUGGUCUGAUUCCCCAGCGGCAGUGUGUUGACAAGGGAGAAGAGACAAUCAGUCUCUCUCCCCAGUGGCAGCCAGCAUCCCAGGGAGAGGAGAUUGUUGGUCCCUCGUCCCUGCAGCAACUAUCAUCACUGGGAGUCGAGACAGUCGGUCUGACUCCUCAGCGGCAGUGUGUUGACAAGGGAGAAGAGACAACCGGUCUCUCUCUCCAAGCGACAGCCAGCAUCUCUGGAAGAGGAGAUUGUCGGUCCCUCGUCCCUGCAGCAACCAUCAUCACGGGGAGUCAAGACAGUCGGUCUGACUCCCCAGCGGCAGGGUGUUGUAAAGGGAGAAGAGACAAUCGGUCUCUCUUCCCAGCGGCAGCCAGCAUUCCAGGGAGAGGAGAUUGUCGGUCCCUCGUCCCUGCAGCAACCAUCAUCACUGGUAGUCAAGACAGUCGGUUUGAUUCCCCAGCGUCAGUGGGUUGUAAAGGGAGGAGAGACAACCGGUCUCUCUCCCCAGCGGCAGUCAGCAUCACAGGGAGAGGAGAUUGUCGGUCCCUCGUCCCUGCAGCAACCAUCAUCACUGGGAGUGGAAAUGGUCGCUCCCACUAUCCAGCCCAAAGCAGCGUUCCCGGGAGUCAAAACAGUCGGUCUGACUCCCCAGCAGCAGUAUGUUGUAAAGGGAGAAGAGACAAUCGAUCUCUUUCCCCAGCGGCAGCUAGCAUCCCCGGGAGAGGAGAUUGUCGGUCCCUCGUCCCUGCAGCAACCAUCAUCACUGGGAGUCGAGACAGUCGGUCUGACUCCCCAGCGGCAGUGUGUUGUCAAGGGAGUAGAGACAACCGGUCUCUCUCCCCAGCGGCAGCCAGCAUCUCAGAGAGAGGAGAUUGUCGGUCCCUCGUCCCUGCAGCAACCAUCAUCACUGGGAGUUGAGACAGUCGGUCUGAAUCCUCAGCAGCAGUGUGUUCACGAGGGAGAAGAGACAACCAGUCUCUCUCCCCAAGCGGCAGCCAGCAUCCCAGGGAGAGGAGAUUGUCGGUCCCUCGUCCCUGCAGCAACCAUCAUCACUGGGACUCGAGACAGUCGGUCUGACUCCCCAGCGUCAGUGGGUUGUAAAGGGAGGAGAGACAACCGGUCUCUCUCCCCAGCGGCAGUCAGCAUCACAGGGAGAGGAGAUUGUCGGUCCCUCGUCCCUGCAGCAACCAUCAUUACUGGGAGUCGAGACAGUUGGUCUGAUUCCCCAGCGGCAGUGUGUUGACAAGGGAGAAGAGACAAUCAGUCUCUCUCCCCAGUGGCAGCCAGCAUCCCAGGGAGAGGAGAUUGUUGGUCCCUCGUCCCUGCAGCAACUAUCAUCACUGGGAGUCGAGACAGUCGGUCUGACUCCUCAGCGGCAGUGUGUUGACAAGGGAGAAGAGACAACCGGUCUCUCUCUCCAAGCGACAGCCAGCAUCUCUGGAAGAGGAGAUUGUCGGUCCCUCGUCCCUGCAGCAACCAUCAUCACGGGGAGUCAAGACAGUCGGUCUGACUCCCCAGCGGCAGGGUGUUGUAAAGGGAGAAGAGACAAUCGGUCUCUCUUCCCAGCGGCAGCCAGCAUUCCAGGGAGAGGAGAUUGUCGGUCCCUCGUCCCUGCAGCAACCAUCAUCACUGGUAGUCAAGACAGUCGGUUUGAUUCCCCAGCGUCAGUGGGUUGUAAAGGGAGGAGAGACAACCGGUCUCUCUCCCCAGCGGCAGUCAGCAUCACAGGGAGAGGAGAUUGUCGGUCCCUCGUCCCUGCAGCAACCAUCAUCACUGGGAGUGGAAAUGGUCGCUCCCACUAUCCAGCCCAAAGCAGCGUUCCCGGGAGUCAAAACAGUCGGUCUGACUCCCCAGCAGCAGUAUGUUGUAAAGGGAGAAGAGACAAUCGAUCUCUUUCCCCAGCGGCAGCUAGCAUCCCCGGGAGAGGAGAUUGUCGGUCCCUCGUCCCUGCAGCAACCAUCAUCACUGGGAGUCGAGACAGUCGGUCUGACUCCCCAGCGGCAGUGUGUUGUCAAGGGAGUAGAGACAACCGGUCUCUCUCCCCAGCGGCAGCCAGCAUCUCAGAGAGAGGAGAUUGUCGGUCCCUCGUCCCUGCAGCAACCAUCAUCACUGGGAGUUGAGACAGUCGGUCUGAAUCCUCAGCAGCAGUGUGUUCACGAGGGAGAAGAGACAACCAGUCUCUCUCCCCAAGCGGCAGCCAGCAUCCCAGGGAGAGGAGAUUGUCGGUCCCUCGUCCCUGCAGCAACCAUCAUCACUGGGACUCGAGACAGUCGGUCUGACUCCCCAGCGUCAGUGGGUUGUAAAGGGAGGAGAGACAACCGGUCUCUCUCCCCAGUGGCAGUCAGCAUCACAGGGAGAGGAGAUUGUCGGUCCCUCGUCCCUGCAGCAACCAUCAUCACUGGGAGUGGAAAUGGUCGCUCCCACUAUCCAGCCCAAAGCAGCGUUCCCGGGAGUCAAAACAGUCGGUCUGACUCCCCAGCAGCAGUAUGUUGUAAAGGGAGAAGAGACAAUCGAUCUCUUUCCCCAGCGGCAGCUAGCAUCCCCGGGAGAGGAGAUUGUCGGUCCCUCGUCCCUGCAGCAACCAUCAUCACUGGGAGUCGAGACAGUCGGUCUGACUCCCCAGCGGCAGUGUGUUGUCAAGGGAGUAGAGACAACCGGUCUUUCUCCCCAGCGGCAGCCAGCAUCUCAGAGAGAGGAGAUUGUCGGUCCCUCGUCCCUGCAGCAACCAUCAUCACUGGGAGUUGAGACAGUCGGUCUGAAUCCUCAGCAGCAGUGUGUUCACGAGGGAGAAGAGACAACCAGUCUCUCUCCCCAAGCGGCAGCCAGCAUCCCAGGGAGAGGAGAUUGUCGGUCCCUCGUCCCUGCAGCAACCAUCAUCACUGGGACUCGAGACAGUCGGUCUGACUCCCCAGCGUCAGUGGGUUGUAAAGGGAGGAGAGACAACCGGUCUCUCUCCCCAGUGGCAGUCAGCAUCACAGGGAGAGGAGAUUGUCGAUCCCUCGUCCCUGCAGCAACCAUCAUCACUGGCAGUGGAAAUGCUCGCUUCCACUAUCCAGCCCCAAGCAGCGUUCCCGGGAGUCAAAACAGUCGGUCUGACUCCCCAGCGGCAGUAUGUUGUAAAGGGAGAAGAGACAAUUGAUCUCUCUCCCCAGCAGCAGCCAGCAUUCCAGGGAGAGGAGAUUGUCGGUCCCUCGUCCCUGCAGCAACCAUCAUCAUUGGGAUUCGAGACAGUCGGUCUGACUCCCCAGCGGCAGUGUGGUGUCAAGGGAGAAGAGACAAUUGGUCUCCCUCCCCAGCGGCAGCUUACCCUACAACGGGGAGACCCUACCCCCCCAGUCGGUGCAGAUGGGACCGUAGUCUCUGCACCCGACCUACAGGGAUGUUGGACAGCUCGUCCAGAUCCCCAACUACCCUCGCAGGGCUACCAGGAGGAGGAGGUAAGCGAUGUCUCCCCUCCCCAGCCAAGUUGCAUCCUGGCUACCCCAGAAUUUUAUUCUGUUUCAGAUCUAUUGAGCGCUCAGAUCCGAGCUAUCUGGGGAUAGGUUGAAUGUUGUGGUUCUGUUCAGUAUGACAGGAAUUAUGUAUUUAUAUGUAUUCUAACUGUUGUUGUAAAUGGAGAUAUUUUCUGUAUGCUGAAGAUAAUUGGCUUACCACACCCAAGCCAUGCUUGCAGUUGGUCAAAAAGGGAUUUCCAACUAAAGUUUGAACCACUGGACCAAUUUGUAUUUGGAGUAUGCUGAUUCUGAAAAUGUAAAUUGUAUGUGAAUGUGAUGUAUACUUUUAAAGUUAUGAAUAUUGUGUAAAAUUGUGUAUUUUCCUGCCUGUGAUAAUUACGUUAGCCCAUUGUGUUCAGUAAUUAUAUCACAGGCAGAGGGGAGGAUUUUGUGUGUAAUUGCUGGGAGUAUUGUAUGUAUUGAUUGUUUUUUCUGGAAAACCCUGUGGGCAGUACCAUGUGUGUAAAAUGUGCAUAAAAGCAGAGUGUUGGAUUAGAUUUCACUUCACCCUGAAUUUGGAGUGCCGUCUCUUAUUGGGGGAAUCUGCUACAAGGGAUUGCUAUGCUAGUCAUACUCUCUUGCUAUUAAGCUCUUGUAAGAGCUCGUUCCUGUCUUGCUCUCUGAAGGAGUCUACGAUAGUUAUGGUGUCGGCUGGAGGGCUUGGAGCCCUCAGGAAGCGCUAGGAGCAUCCUUCAACGGAGGUACCCAGACGGGGUGCCAGGUGAUUCGUUACAUCAACUAUUAACAGUACAAUUCAAAUUUUAUUGAACAAACCUCCUAAUGAUAACAGUUUUUUUUUUAAAACAUAAAAAACUUACAAUACACUGUUCCAAAUUAUUACGCACGGUAAAUUUCAAAACACUUUAUAGGUUGUCAAGAACUGAAAAUUGUCAUUUGUUGUGUUUGCAGCAUAUUUACUGAAAUCAAAAGCUAUUUCAAUCAAACUUAUAACAACAUUUUAACUUUUUAAACAUUUUAACAGGUCACGUUACAUUUUAACAUAGGACCCUUUAUUUGAUAGCAGCUUCACAAGUCUUGCAUCCAUUGAACUUGUGAGUUUUUGAAUUUGUCUGCAAGAUGUCAGAAAAGCCUCCCAGAGCUGCUGUUUAAACUGCCUUCCACCCUCAUAUAUCUUUUGCUUGAGGAUGCUCCAAAGGUUCUCAAUAGGAUUGAGGUCAGGGGAGGAUGGAGGCCACACCAUGACUUUCUCACCUUUUAUCCCCAUAGCAGCCAUUGAUGCAGAGGUAUUCUUUGCACCAUGAGACCCCUUUAGGGUCACCGAAGGUGUAAAGAUGACCUCUGCAAAGUAUGUGGAGUUUCUGACUGACCACUUUCUUCCCUGGUACAGAAGGAAGAACUAUGCUUUCCGUAAAAAAAAACAUUUUCAUGCAUGACAAUGCACCACUUCAAUCAUUUGGUGCCUGGAGUCUAUAAAUGCAAUGAUUCGCUAUGAAAUGCUGCACGUAUUGAGACUAUCCCCACCUCCAGCAGCGUCAUCGGGGAGUCAUUAGUCAGCCAAUAUGAAUUCUGUGCAAAUUUGGCAUCAGACAGGCAGUUUGGAACAAAAAGGGAAUCAACAGUGAAUUUCUAAAUUUAUGACACAUUAGCUAAACCAUACAAUAGCUGGUUUAUUUAUUUAUUAAUUUUUAUGUUUUGUCUAUUGUGCCCGAUAAUUUUAAAUUCACUUUAAAAUCUCAACAUUUAUCACCUUAAUGAUUAAAUCUUAAAAUUAAAUACGGUUCAAAGCCAUUUUUGUGAUGAUAGUCAGUUGAUUUGUGUAUAGCAGAGUGACAAACCAAAGUUAAAACAGAAUCCAUUUCAUUGUAGAGUGAAUUAGAGACAAGUCAUUUCAAACUGGUUGAAUUGUGCAACCAUUAAAUGCUUAGACUAGGUCAUGCCAUGGAGUGGAUUUGUAUUUAUUAGAAUAGAAUUAAUGUGAUGAUAUUGAAAGCAAAAGUCAUACUUUUUGCAAACACACUGGCUGGAAGAUAUUCAUUGUGGAAUGUUGCACAUCUUACGACGUAGCAAAAUAAGCAAGAAAUUAGGAUCUGAAGUCAAGUUUUUUGAUUAAGCAAAUAUUUUCACAUCUGCAAAAUGGAAACCAAAGUUAAUUUUUUUCUGGCAGACUUUAGUAAAUUGUGCUUUGUAGUAUGUUGUGCUAUGCAAUAUCAUAACUAUAUACUAGAUUCUAAUCUAUACUAUAACUAUAAUCUAAUUAAAAUUCAUGUACUUCAUGCAAGGCUGCAAGCUCCUUCUUUACCACUAGAUGGCAGUGUACAGUGUCCAUAAGUAGGUACAUGGAGGGUUUUUCACAGAUAGGGAAUUGUUGGACAAAAUAAUUACGCUUUUAAAGCAGGUUAGUACUAAAAUCGUACUAAAAUGUACAAUUGUUCACAGUUUGGUAUGUAAGCACAGUGGAUUACAAAAGUAGCAAAUUUUUGCAUACCACUGAUGGGGUGGGCUCCAGUGGAAAAAGACAGUAUAGCUUAAUCUGGGUAUUAUUGCACAUCUACUGUUUGGUUAAAUAAGGGGCAGACAUCUUUACUCUCCAUUGGUUUGGAAUCUAGUGUUAGAAAUACCAAUAUGUAUUCCCUUUUUUCCCUCGUUGUUCCCGUCUCCAUACUCAAGCCUUCUUGGCUGAAAUCAUCAAUGUUUAUGAUUUCAGCUAAUCUAAUGCUUUCUCAUAGGAAGACAUUGGGAGGCUAGUGUGCACGCAUGGCAAAAUGCAGCGCUGUGACAAUAAGGUGGUCUCCUUAGACCACCUGACCACAACAGCAGAGUUUUACUUUGCGAAUUGAUGGAUGUUCCUCUAAUGGCUGUCAAGUUUCAACUGCAGAGUUAAAAGCAGGGGAACAUGGGACCUAGACCUCUUGAGCUAAAGUGGUCUGGGUGCCUGUAGUGUUUUAAUGAAUGCACUAUUCAUAUAUAGCUGGAUAAUAAGUGAUUGGCUCUCUGUAUGUCCAUUCAACUGCCCAUAGUCAGCCACCUCCUGUACCCAUCCAGGAAAUGCUAUAUUAAUCCUGAAUUAAGGAAGUUUGCCCUUAGAACGGAUACUUACUUAUUAUAUGCUUCUCAACCAAAUACCUUGAUUAAUUCAACAUCCACAGGGUUUUGAAAGAAAAUGAAAAUUCAAAAUUAAUUUGAAGUGAAUUUAAAAUUUAAGGUCAAAAUAGCCCAACUAAAAAAUUCUCUAAAUUACCUGUGCUUUCAGUUCAGCAACUCUGGCCUUAAAUAAGGGGCAGACAUCUUUAUUCUCCAUUGGUUUGGAAGAAUUGCUUACCCAGCAAAAGUUGAUGUAUUCUGAUGCUAUGUGGAAGUACUGAGCAUGUCAAGAGAUUUUUCCUGAGACAGUUUAAAGGACCACUAUAGGCACCCAGACCACUUCAGCUUAAUGAAGUGGUCUGGGUGCCAGGUCCAUCUAGGAUUAACCCUUUCUGCUGUAAACAUAGCAGUUUCAGAGAAACUGCUAUGUUUACAUAUGUAUUAAUCCAGCCUCUAGUGGCUGUCUCAUUGACAGCCGCUAGAGGCGCUUUCACGCUUCUCACUGUGAUUUUCACAGUGAGAAGACGCCAGCGUCCAUAGGAAAGCAUUGAGAAUGCUUUCCUAUGAGACUGGCUGAAUGCGCGCACGGCUCUUGCGCAUUCAGCCGGUGACGGAAGAAGAGGGAGGAGAGUCCCAGCGCCGAGGGAGCCGGCACUGGAAAAAAGGUAAGGGAUUAAGCCCUUCCUCCCCCUUCAGCGCCACAGGAGUGGGACCCUGAGGGUGGGGGCACCCUCAGGGCACUAAAGUGCCAGGAAAACGAGUAUGUUUUCCUGGCACUAUAGUGGUCCUUUAAGCUGCCAUUUGGCCUUUUUCGUCAGUCAGAAAAGUAGCAUUUCCAACCAAGGGAACUUAAAGAUGACUUUCCACUUGGAGCAAAAGAAAAUCAAGAGAUGUACUGGAAAAAAAGUUCUUUUAUUAUGUCUGCAUUAAAAAAAAACAACACAAAAAUAGGAAUUAUGACAUGUAAUAUUUUUUUUUCAAUCAUGAUAACAAAUUUUUACAGAUUUCCUUUAAAAGAUCCAAGAUACCAACUGAGAAUACAGAGAUGUACUUUUUGGGUAAUAAUUAACAUGAUGCAACUGUGGACUGUAGGAUAAACUCUCUUUGUUUGUUUUUAAUUUGUAGCUCUAGGCAAUGCACCGUCAGAAAUAAUGAAGAUAUAACACGCUUGUUGUACUGUCAUUGCCUUUUCUAGCUAUGGAGUUGGACAAUAUUUGGCAAACUGAGAAAAAUGUCCCCUGGAGACCUUUUAAUCCAGCAGUUUUGGAUAAUAAUACUUUCCUCACUCACCCUGAAAGCUAUUCGAGGCACUGCAGGACAGAAGGUAAGAAACAGACAAAAAAAACUUUUGUACAUUGUCGUAUUUUAUCAGAAAUAUAGGGGAGAUGUACAAAGGAGUGAAAAGUUAGGGAUAUUUUACUUAGAAUUCUUUGCUACUUUUCACAGUGUAUUAACUGUCUUCUACGAAUAUUCAUAAAUAAAUUUGACCAGAAGUUAAAGGGAAAACGUCACUCUACGAUAUUCCAUAAAACACUUAAAGGGAUUCUAUAGUGCCAGGAAAAGAAAGCUGUUUUCCAGGCACUGUAAAAUCCUACAGUGCCCCCCUCCUUCGCGCCCCCCUCCCACGCGGCUGAAGGGAUUAAAACCCCUUCAGUCACUCACCUGAAUCCAGCGCUGAUGUCCCUCGACGUUGGGUUAGGAUCCGCCCCUUCUCCUCCCCUGCCGACGUCAGCCGGUGGGGGAGACCUAAUGUGCAUGCGCGGCAAUGGCCACACUCGCAUUUGGAUUUCCCCAUAGGAAAGCAUUAUUUAGUGCUUUCCUAUGGGGAAAAUCUAACGCUGAAGGUCCUCGUGCAGAGCGUGAGGACGUCCGGCAUCAGAAAACGGACCAAAGGUCCUUUUGGAUUCCUGAAGUUCCUCUAAUGGCUGUCUGGUAGACAGCCACUAGAUGAGGAGUUAACCCUGUAAGGUAAUUAUUGCAGUUUCUCAAAAACUGCAAUAAUUACCAUUGUAGGGUUAAGAGACAUGGGACAUUGCACCCAGACCACUUCAAUGAGCUGUAGUGGUCUGGGUGCCUACAGUGUCCCUUUAAAAUCAGCUAUAACUAGUGUUGACUUUUUUUUUAAUGAGAUGAGCUGUCUUCUUUUACAUUUAUAUUAAAGGUUUAGCAAAUGGCAUCACAAUUGAACUUAGACAAAGCAAAACCAAGGCAAACAUUGCCAAUGAACAGAACAAACAGAAACAUUGUGUUUGCUUCUCUAUGAUGGAUGCCAGUCGCUAAGGACAGAGUUUGUCACAAUGAUUGACAGGAAACUAAGAUGGAGGCUCCCAGGUACAAGAUAAAAGGUGUGGAUUUCAACAUUUAAUAAUAGUUUUUUUACAAUUCACCAAUACAUAUUUGUUAAAUACAGAAAUAAGUUAACAUUGUAUUAAAUAUCCUGGAAAAUAACAGUUCCCGUUCUGGUGACCUAUCUGGAGUGUUCUCAGCCAGUGAGUCUUGCAUUAGUAGCAGAUUCUUAGUCAACUGAGACAUUGAGAAGUUAUGGGACAAUUCUGGAUUAGGGACCUGGAAACAUGGGUUGACUGAGAUCAUUGCAGAUGGUGCCGGUUACCUAAGCGACCACUAGAGAACUAUAGCGUUACAAGUGCAGCCUCUGUGCCCGCAUGCUUAGGGUGCCCAUCAGGUUAGAGCCACCUGGGGGACAUGUGAAAGACAGAGCCUCCGAGGAAAGCCACCCUCCUGCACCCAAAAGGUAGCAAAAUGGAGAGUGGCUUAAAAAGUGUAAAUUGUGUGUGUGUGUGUGUGUGUGGUGUCAGUGAGUGACACAAAACUUAAGUAGCUCAAACAGAAAAACAAAAACAAAUGUAGUUUAUUGUACUUUUUAUUUUUAACACUGGUGGGGUGCCACCCCCAUGGACAAGUUUCCACUAGUUUUUCGAAUAAUAUUUAGUAGAGAUGAAAGUAGAACCUUUUGUCACCAAUGAUAAAUGUCCUGUUUGUGAAGAACUAAACACAUUAUGUUAAAGAACCUCUUCUCAAUGUCCACAUUAGUGGCUGCUUUACAAUAUUGGAACCCAAAGAAUGGCAUCAUUGAAGGAGCAAUACAUUCUAGAUUGCCCUCAAAUAGUACAGGAGAAUAACAAAUUGUUCUUUCACGAGGUGAGGCUUAGCAGAAAGCAUGACAGCUAUCCUAAAUGCACAUGGCUGAAGAAAUAUAUAUAUUUUUUUGGAAUGGAAUUAAUAAACAGGUACAAUAAAUGUUUGAUUAUAAUACUUGGUGCUCAGAGAGGUUCAACUAAACACCAAAUCCAAAGUGAUUAUACACUUCCUUUUCCCAAAGUAUUGGUGUAUUUUGGACAAAUGUUCCCCAAAGAAGUGAAAAGGUUAGAUGUUUUAUUAUUAUAUGUUUAAUAAAAUUAUUAGUGGGACUAUUGAAUAAAAUAUCAAUGGCAACAAUGUGGUGAAAAUGAAACCCCUGUUUUUAAAUUAAUUAAUUAGUCAAAACAUUGCCAAAAUUGUGCAAAAAAUGAAUAUUGGAAACAAAAAAGAAUUAUACCUUCAAAGUGUCCUCCAGAACUCCCGUGAAGACAGACUCCUCCUUUACCACAAAGAGACUGUUCUCAAACAAACCCAUUUAAAUCUGUAUUGAUCAGUACAAUGUGUAUUAGCGCUGGCCAGGGCCGGCCUUAGGCCUUCAGGCGCCCUGUGCGAAAAAUCUUAACAGCGCCGCGCCAUCCAUGUGUAUAGGGGAUUUAUUAAAUGAAAAUUUAACAAUUAACAAAUAUUUAUCACCUCUUCCCUGUCAUUACCUUGCAUGGAGGGAGGGCAUGCUGAUCUCUGGUGAUACAGUUUGCUGGGAAUAUGGUCGGUGCCUUCACUGGGUGCAGACCAUCAGCAACUGUCUCCUGAGCUCAGGCACUUACAGUAUCAGAGCUUUCCUGUGGUAAUCCGCGGCAACGUUCUGAUUGGCCGGAACUCGGAAGACAGCUACAUUUAUCAUGUGUGUGUCAGACGUGAUUGUGUGAUGUGUUCUCUGUGUGCCAUAUUUGUAAUGGGUGUAUUGACUGUGUCUGAUAUGUGUGUGUAUUGACCGUGUGUGAUUUUUGUUCACUAUAGCAGUAGAUAGGGGGAGCAGGGGCACUGGGGUAGAUGUGGGAGCAAUGCACUAUAGCAGUAGAUAAGGGGAGCAGUGUCACUAGGGUAGACAGGGAACAAUGGCAAUAUAGGGGGAGCAUGGGCACAAUAGGGAUGGAUAAGGAGCAUGGGCACUAUAGGGGUAGAUGGAGGGAUCAGGUACACUAUAGGGGUAAAUGGGGAAGCACUAUAGGGGUAGAUGGGGAGCAGGGGUGCUAUAGUGGUAGAUCGAGGAGCAGGGGCACUAUAGAGGUAGAUAGGGGGAACUAUAGAGAUAGAUGGGGAACAUGGGUACUAUAGGAGUAGAGGGGGCACUAUAGGAGUAGAGGGGGCACUAUAGGGGUAGAGGGGGGCACUAUAGGGAUAGAUGGGGAACAGGUGUACUAUAGGGGGAGCAGGGGCACUAUAGGGGUAGAGGGGGAACAGGGGUACUAUAGUGGGAGCAGGGGCACUGUAGGGAUAGAUGGGAACAGGGGUACUAUAGGUGUAGAUGGGGGCACUAUAGGGAUAGAUGGGGAACAGGGGUACUAUAGUGGGAGCAGGGGCACUGUAGGGAUAGAUGGGAACAGGGGUACUAUAAGGGGAGCAGGGGCACUAUAGGUGUAGAUGGGGGCACUAUAGGGAUAGAUGGGGAACAGGGGUACUAUAAGGGGAGCAGGGGCACUAUAGGUGUAGAUGGGGGCACUAUAGGGGUAGAGGGGGCACUAUAGGUAUAUAUGGGGAACAGGGGUACUAUAGGGGUAGAGGGGGCACUAUAGGGAACAGGGGUACUAUAGGGGUAGAGGGGGGUCACUUUAGUGGUAGAGGGGGAACAGGGUUACUAUAGGGGUAGAGGGGGGCCCUAUAGGGAUAGGGGGCACUAUAGGGAUAGAUGGGGAACAGGGUUACUAUAAGAGUAGAGGGGGCACUAUAGGGAUAGAUGGGGAACAGGGUUACUAUAGGGGUAAAGGGUGCACUAUAGGGGAAGAGGGGGGCACUAUAGGGAUAGAUGGGGAACAGGGUUACUAUAGGGGUAGAGGAUAGAUACACUAUAGGGGAAGAGGGGGGCACUAUAGGGAUAGAUGGGGAACAGGGUUACUAUAGGGGUAGAGGGGGGCACUAUAGAUAGAUGGGGAACAGGAUUACUAUAGGGGAAGAGGGGGCACUAUAGGGAUAGAUGGGGAACAGGGGUACUAUAGGGGAAGAGGGGGGCACUAUAGGGAUAGAUGGGGAACAGGGUUACUAUAGGGGUAGAGGGGGGCACUAUAGGGAUAGAUGGGGAACAGGGGUACUAUAUAGGGGAAGAGGGGGGCACUAUAGGGAUAGAUGGGGGGGUACUAUAAGAGGGGGGCACUAUAGGGAUAGAUGGGGAACAGGGGUACUAUAGGGGGAGCAGGGGCACUAUGGUCUCACUUACCAGGCAGCAGAUUCAGGCCUCGGUUAGCUCCGCCCCCGCCGACCACUUGGCUCCGCCCCCAUCGGCUGCUUGGCUCCGCCUCCUACAGUCUCUUUCGCUGCUAAGCCCUGGUAGAGGGCAGGGGGUGUGCAAGCUGUCAGCCAUAGGGCGCCCCCUGCUGCCAUGGCGCCCUGUGCGGCCGCACAGCUCGCACACCCCUAAGGCCGGCCCUGGCGCUGGCAUAUUACAUAAUGUUUUGUUUUAUUUAUUGAUUGAUGAUUUCUAAUUUUGAUUAAUUAAUACUAUAUAAUGCAUGAAAGCAGUUGUAGUGGUUAUGGUGCUAGGAAUCACUUGGCGACAUCUCAUUGUUAAGAGUUAAUUAUUUUACAAGCUGUUUGAACCUUACCCGGGUCUCCAAGGUGUCUGUGGUCUAGGGCCAAUUCAUAGAUAUCACUAAGGAGAAAGUUCCCCUUCCAGAUGAGAUUUAACAAAUGUUUCCAUAUUUGGAUCUAACUAGUAAAGAUGCUCCUUAGCCAAUUAAUUCCAUCUAAAGAUGGAUGGAAAACGGACAGAAUUGCUAUCGUAUAGGAACAUCCACUUAACAAUAUCUUUAAGGAGGGGCUAGAUUGGGGGACCCAGAUACCUGUCAAGCUGUACGAUAGAAGGUUUUACUCAUUACUGUAUGGUGCUAGGAGACUUCUUGCACCAUAACCACUACAACAAGCUGUUGUUAUUAUGUUGCUUAGAGUGUCUCUUUAAAUGUGUGCAUUGCACAUACUUCCAUGGGUCAUUUAAUUAAACGUGUUCUGGCACUUUGGUUGCACAGAAUUACAAUUCAUGCUGGUUAAAGCGAUGGGAUUUUUACUGCAGUACGUCCAUAGGAAAGCAUUGAAAAAAAAAAAAAAGCGAAUUAUUUGGCUGGUUUACCAUGAUAGGAGUAGUAGUCCGUAAUUCUGACAAUAACUUCCCAGCCCAUCCUUUUCGACCACAUUCUUUUUGCAACAUAUUCCUUUUUGUAGCCUGGGUCUGUUGGCACAUUGUGAUAACCUUUAUUCUCGAUGAAUCUGAGAUGGCAAAGUCUUUAUAAAUUAGCUUUUUAUGUAUUCAGCGAGCAAGAACAGAGAACAAUAAGAGCCUUCCCAAGCAAUUCUAAGCUACAGAUCUACAAUGCAUAAAGGGGAGUUCACAUUGUACGCCUCCCAGUGGACAAUGUGCUUUGUGUGUUGCAAAAUCUUUAAUUAUACCAGCAGUAAACAGGGCUGUAUUAGAAUACCAAGCUCGCUGGUGUAUGCAUGUCUGUCUGUCUGUAUGCAUGUAUGUAUGUCUUUGUAUGUAUGAAUGUCUGUAUGUCUAUCUGUCUGUCUGCAUGCAUGUAUGUAUGUGUAUGUAUGUAUGUCUGUAUGUAUGUCUGUAUGCAUGCAUGUAUGUCUAUCUGUAUGUAUGUCUGUGUAUGCAUAUAUGUAUGUCUGUAUGUCAGUAUGAAUGUAUGUUUGCAUAUCAUUAUGAACGCAUGUAUGUGUGUAUGGAUGUCUGUAUGCAUGUAUAUCUGUCAGUAUUUCUGUAUAUAUGAAUGUAUGCCAGUCUGAAUGUAUGUAUGUAUGUAUGUCAGUAUGCCAUUAUGAAUGUAUGUCUGUGUAUGUCUGUAUGCCAUUAUGAAUUUAUGUGUGUAUGAAUGUAUGUGUGUAUGUGUGUAUGUAUGUCGGUGUCUGUAUGUAUGUAUGUGUCUUUAUGUCCUCAUGCAUGUGUGUCUGUAUGUAUGUUAGUAUGUGUCUGUCUGUCACUAUGUAUGCCUGUGUGUAUGUGUCAGUAUGUAUGCCAGUAUGCGUGUAUGUCUGUUUCAGUAUGUGUGUCUGUUAGUAUGUAUCUGUGUCCUUUUGUAUCAGUGUGUGUGUUUGUGUCUGUGUGUGUGUAUUCCUGUGGGCGGUAUUUGGAGGCGGGCCCAGUGGGCGGUAUUUGGAGGCGGGCCCCAUGGGGCCCAGACCCUGAGCUGAGUUAGGGGCCCCAAAAUUUCUGGUGGCUGCCCUGGUAAAGGGCACUGUCUGCGUCUCCCCCCUCCCUCCAUCACUGUGUGCUCUGUAGGUAGUUUUCCUUCUGCAGAUUUUACUGCCUAAUGUUUUGGGCUGAAAUGGGCAACUUGUUGCAUUGCAGCUAUUGACUGUUUACAAAUCCUGUCAUCCCUCAUCUCUAGGUGUUCCGUUAGAAAAAAAUAAAUAACGAAAAAUAUAUCAAAGCAGCUGUUGGACUGCAAGUCCCAUUAUCACUAGCCAGGAAAAAAAAGCAUCUAUUUUUAGACUGAUACUUCUGCCAUCACUAGCUCAUUAAACCCAUUGGACUGCAACGUCCAUCCAGCACCAAAGUUACCAUCACUGGUGAGUGGUGGGAGCACACAGUGACAUUACCUAACACUCCAGCUGCUGACUAGCACUUUGUAAGCCAAGGCCAUAGGGACACGCUACACUCUGAGAUUCACUGAAACUCAACCAAUGUCCUUGGUACAUUUUAGGUCACAAUAGCCAAGUCAGCUAUAGUUUAAUAUUUAUUUUGAAUUCCAGAUGUUUCACACCUUAGUGAACAGCCCUGUAUAAUUUCUUAGAGUGGGUAGCACAUUUCAUGCAGUACCAAACAGUAUGUCGAAGCUAAAUGUGACUAGAUGAUUUAAUCCAGGUGCUUAAAAAAACAACAGGUAAAGGAUAGCAUGCACUUAAAGUUUUACUAUAAGCACCAUUACCACUUCACUGAUUUGAAGUGCUCGUGGUGCCUAGAGAUUGUCGUUGCAGCAUUUAGCUCUCAAAUGCUGCACAUACAGAGUUUAACCACUCGACUGCCGGAGGUGUAACUUUACGUCUAGUAGCAUAAUUGGGCCGUCAGUAGACAGCUCAGAACAAGAUCUCCUGGUGGCUAAGGCUAAUUCUGUCAGCAUGGCAACAGACAGUGUUUUCUUAAAAAUGUGUUUUUGUUUUUUUUUGGGUUGGAGUAACCUAUUAAUAUAGCCUUGAGCUGUGGACUAAAGGAAUUGUUUCUUUAAAUUUCUAUGGCAUGACAUCUCAGUCACUGCUUCCGCACACUGGCAACAGUGGAAUAUGUCCAAGUUCUUCCUUCAUCUAAGGCCCCAAGAGAGGCAGCCGAGGUCUUUAAAAUUGCUGGUUACAGCUCCAACCUUUAUAUGAUGCCAGUACAGAUGGAGGAAGCAUAGGAUUUAAAGUGCACAGGGGACUCAGAUGUUCCAAUAAAAGAGAUGGGAAGAGAUCUAAGAUGUUGUUGUAUUAUCAGAAGAGCCGUGUAGUUUGACUGGGAAACAAGGCUUUUAGGAAUUCAAAACAUUAGCUUGUGUAUGGAAGUACAUUAUCUUUUCUUUAACGAGCUUAUUGAUUAAUCUCUGCCAUAAAUCCCUUUGUGCCUCUUUCCAUUCUUCAUAGACAACUUCUCAACACAGUGUUCAGAAAAUUGGGUUGAAUUAUCCUUAAACAAUUUCACACCGAGAUGCUGAAUAUAUUCAUUCUGAAAAAAAGUGGAUAUACCUGUGAUGUAGGUGUGCCUAGGAUUAAAGGAACACUAUAGGGUAAGGAACACAAACAUGUAUUCCUGACCCUAUAGUGUUAAAAAGAUUUAUUUAGACCCCCUAUGCCCGCCUUGCCAUCCUAAAUAUAGCAAAAUCUUACUUUUAUUGCAGUCUGCUGCUGCUGGCUCUGUCCCUGAUCUGUCUACUUGGCUGACAUCAUCAGAAGUGUUCACAUAGGAAAGCAUUGGAUUGGCCGAGACUGUCAAGGAAGCAGAUCAGGGGCAGAGUCAACACCUCUAGUAGCCAUCUGAGUAGUGGCCUAGGCUGUAAUGAAAACACUGCCUUUUCCCUGAAAACACAGUGUUUACUGCAAAAAGCCUGAAGGGAAUGGUUAUGCUCACCAGAACAAAUACGAUAAGUUGUAGUUGGUCUGCUGACUAUAGUGUCCCUUUAAUUUAUUUGUAUAAAUGUGAUUAGGAACUCAGCACUAUGGUCUGGUCAUAGCUGAACAGGUGGCUGGAGGGUGGACUUCCUUUUUAUAGUCUAUUGUUUUCUCUAUUUAACAAAGUAAUUUUAAGUCACAUAAUGACAAAAUCUUCAGUGUUCUAGUAGAGUAAAUAUUUAAUGAGUUAAAUCUUAAAUCAUGUUAAGUGUAGAUAGAAAUAAUUUUCUGGAUUUAAUAGAUAUUUCUUGCGUUAGCAUAAAGAUGCUUCCUUAAUGAACCCGCUAUUUGUCCAGAAAACCAUGGUUGGUUUAGAGUAGACCAUUGGUGGUGAUGCUACAAGGGGGAUCGGCGGUGAUGCUACAAGGGGACAUGUCUGUCUAAAAAUGGUUAUGUUUCACCUUGAAAAGAGGGUGUGCCAGCAUGGCAUUAAUGAAACAGAGCAACUAGCCCCAUUCAGGACUAUUUUUUUUUUCAUACACAGGAAACAAGUCCAUUGCUUCCCCAGCAAUUCAUCUUAUUAUAUGUCUUGCAACAUUAGAUUCCAUGUAGCCAUAUCAUUUUUACUCAUUGUUCCUGCGGUAUGUCUCCAUGGUUCAUUCGGAGGGUCCCUUCAAAUUGUCUUUGCACACAUUAAAAAUUCCUUGCACUCAAAGUGAGCUCGAUUCAAAGGUAUAGGAAAAAAUAUAUUAUCUACAUUAUAACAAAAAAUAAAUCCUAAAAUAAAUUAAAAUACGACCUAUAGUAAAGUAUUACUAACCCAAAGACUGUUUUGGCUGAAAAUGUUUCACGUAUGAAUGGCGCUUUUAACAGGGCUGUUGAGAAAGCGUUGUACAGACAUGAAAUUUCUUCAGCCAAGACAGGCAUGUGUUUAGUCCUGUGGCUCCCCCUUGGAAUAGUAACACAAACAUUAUACUUUACUACCUCCCAUGGGAUCCAAAUUUACUUUCCCACUGAAUGCUGGCCUGUUUUAGGGGGACAAACAAAUCCUGUCUCAGCUCUACUUUGACCAACAAGGGGUUUUGUAAAUGAACCUCUUAAUAAUUGUGUGCGUUGCAAGUAGCCUGUGACUGACAAAUUCCAACAAUAGGUGGAGCUGCAGCAAGUUCACAUGGUUGAAUAGAAUAAACAUAUUAACGCAGCUGUUUUCAGCCUGAAUGACCAGCUGAGGAUCCCCAGCUCUAACUGACACUCUGUUUACAGGUUAAGAUGUUUUUCUGUUACUCUGUAUAGAAUCCUUGUUUGUUUAUUACCCCAGUACUGUAUAAUUCCCUUCACUUCACAUUUUGAGUCCAUGUUAUUUCAGUGAACAACUAACAGUUUUUAAAGCCUUUUAUAUUUAUUUGUUCUGUAUGCACUGCUGAGAUUUCUUAUUCUCUUUUUUUUUCUUUUUGCAAAUUCAACAGCUUCAAACAACAUCACAACGCUGAGCAACAUCAGAGGUAUUGCAUUUGAUAUUCCUGCUGAGUUCUAGACUGUCUUUUGCUUUAUGGGUGGGCAUGCUAGCUGCGAUAUGCUUUAAUAAGGGCACCCCCUUAGGUGUACAAAGCUACCUAGUCAGCAUGUCCCAGGAACUGAAUGUGGAUAUAUCUAAAUUUACAAUAUGCAGAAAAAAUGUUAUGUAAUUAAAGGGAAUCUAUAGUGUUAGGAAUACAAAUCUGUAUUCCUAACACUAUAGUGCCCUCUGUCCCCCCCCACCACUUCCCCCCAUUGUGCCCCCUUCUCCCCAACGUGGCACAUUAGUGCGCUGCUCCGACUCCACCGAUGUUAUCCGACAGGGGGACCUAAUGCGCAUAAGAGCCAAGCAUUGCAAGCUUAUUAGACCCUCCCCAUAGGAAAACAUUGAAUUAAUAUUGAUUGACGAUAUUGUCAAAUAUAAUGUAGAACUGAAAUAGCAUGACAACAAUAGUAACAAGUCCAAAGAAGAACACAACUAGUAUGACAAUACUAACAGAUACAAGGUAUAAACUCUUCAGGCGGACAAAACUACCAGGUCCAAAGUAGAACCAACUUAAAGAACAAAUCUUAUGACUCUUACAAGCUCACAUGUUUUAGAUCACCAAAGACAAGAACUAAGUGGCGUGGUGCCCUAUGUUGAGACAGUUGUAGCCACAAUACCCAUCUUUACCUGAAAGGGAAACAGCUGUGCCAUAUUUAGUGUAAGAACAUUGCUCUACAGAGCAAAGAAUAAAAUAUGAUGUUCUAUUGUUCCACAGAGUAACCAAUAAGAUUGUAGGGAUAAUUGUGGGACAAAGUAUAACAAAUAAUAUUUUGUGAAAAUAAUUAAAGAUAUUCAUUACUUAGUUCAAUAUUACAAAUCAAUCAAUGAGACGCUACAAUCCACAAUUUUCAAAGAGGUACACCAUCCUUAAUUUAGUGAACAAUCCCUUAGAUUAGUAGCCAAUUAGAUUAAUGGGUGCUUGGUUCUAAGUUUAGUGAAUAAAUUCAUAGAUCAGCACAGUAUUAUAGGUGUGUUGAUAGCGCAUUAUUCUCAGUUUUGUUAGUAACUCCAUAGAAAUGUAGCAUAUUGGGACUACGGGUGGAAAAAUCUCAGUGAUCUGACCCUUGGACACAGCUGCACCCCUUGUAAACCUUAUCAUUAUAUCGAUAAACGUUCUUUGAUCUUCUCUAAAAGAGAGGUUUUGGAUACAGUCAGUUUUGCUUUGUUCAGUUCUGUAUAAAGACAUGAAUUGCCAGACUAUAGCAGUCUAGUUUGAAGUAGUAUCGUACACAUUUCAAAUACUGGCUUGUGGCAGUGCCAGAAAUAAGAGAGUAAUUAGUGAAAUCAAAUGAGAGGGAACUUGUAAUGUGUUUCUACUUUUUGAACAGAUGGUGCUACUAGCAGGAGACCACCUCCAAAGCCACUGACAAACAAACCAGGCAUCUGCUCUGCACGGGGCAAGGAUCAAACACACAAAUCACCUUAACUGGUGGCUUGGUGCCAUUGGCUGAAACAAGUUUCCACCUCUUGGGAAAAGUAAAAUGGAACAAGCAAACUAAACUGAGCUCAUUCACUUUAUUAAUAAUUUCAUGUCAAUUUCUUCUAGAGCAAGGUUGUCCCAUGUUCUACCAAGGAGCCAAAAACAGAAUGCCAUAACUUUGAAACUAGAACCAUGGGUGACGUUUCGCCCCAGGCCGUCACAUUUUGUGUACAGUGGUCUCAGAGCUUGGCUGCCUAAUAGAGUUUAGCUUCCAUCUUAAAAAAUCUGCACAUGCACAAGAAUGUAUUUCACAAAGUGCUACAAAAUCUAAAUAAAGCAAGAAUUAAACAGGUUUGUUUUAAAAUACAACAUGGAAAUGCUGGUAAAAUACACAAACACAGCCCCUUACUAUAAUAAAUGAUUUUUGCAUGUUAUUUGUAUAAUUCACAGGCACAAUAACUUGUAAUUGUAGCUGAUUAUUACAGAUUAUUGUAUAUUACAUGUACACAAUGUUUUAAAAUAUGAACUGGUUUUUAAAGAUUAUUAUACCGCACCUGUAGCGGAGUAGUAGUAUUAUCCACGGUAUCUCCGCUGGUAGACAGAAUCAAGCAGGUACAAAGCAGAUAAAAUCCAGGUAGCGUAGUUACAAUCCCUUCCCAAGAACUAGACGACACAUAGCUUGGAGGUCAACUGAGGUUUUUAAUUACAGGCACC